AUGAGUUCUGUGGAGCAGAUUCGUGUCAUCCAGCUGCCUAAAGAGGUAGAUGUCUUCCACUACAACCGCAUGCAGUACUCGUCCGUCUUGCACCAAGGACAACGUAGCAAGAUUAUCUUGGCGAGGAGCGAAAUCAUCCCUGACAAGAAAUUCGCUGUCAAGCAGAUGCCUCUUCUCUCUGAUGAGGAUAGAGAUCGCUUCAGCCGUGAGAUGUGGUUGAUGAAACUGGCUUCUGACAUACGUGGAGUUGUGACUUUGUUGCCUCGUCCCGUCUUCUGUGGUCCCACCGGCUAUCUCAUCAUGCCGUUCUACGAUAAGAGAGACCUGCUCUCGCGGACAGGGAAACUCAGCGACGACAACUGGAUGAAAGUGUUUGUCAGGGCGGCGGUGUCUCUCCGAAGCCUUCACAAGAAAAAUAUUUAUCAUCAGAACUUGAGGCCAGAGAACAUCCUCCUCAGUACCCGUCACGUCGCCUUCAUCUCUGACUUUGGCGCUGCGUGUCUACUCUCUGAGGGAUGUGACAAGGUGGACACGUGGACAGCUGCACCUGGUUUCCGGGGACCCGAGGCGGACAAGGAGGAUGGUCAGCUCUGUCCAUUCCAACUGGACACCUACAGCCUGGCUGUCAGCAUGUGGCAGGUACUGUCUGGUCUGUGUCCAGUCAAGAACAAGCCUUUGGAUCACCUAGACAACAUUCCCCCACAGUACGCUGCCUUGUUGAGGAACCUUCUUCUUCCGGACCCCGACAUGAGAUGGACCCUGGACAAGUUCCUCACUGAGGCCCUGGAGCUGCACCCGGACCUGUCCUGUUUUCUCUAAGACGUUUGGUUCCCGGCUGUGGCGUUCUAAAGAUAGUUAGAAGGCAGUCUUAAUCUUCGCACGUCUUGACUUCUCACUGUUAAGUUCUAGUUUGAAGCUUUAUACAACGCCUUUGAUAAACUGAAGACAAUGUCGUAAUACUGUUCUGAAUUAUAGCAGGCCCAAGAGAGAGAGAGAGAGAGAGAGAGAGAGAGAGAGAGAGAGAGAGAGAGAGAGAGAGAGAACACAAAUAUAAUAAAAAGUUGUAGUUAGUUAGUCUUUCUUUAUUUAGGACUGUGUUUGUGAUCUUGAUGUGAUGUGUAUGUGCCCAAUAAAUUUUAAAAAAUCUAAAAAACUUCA